AUGGCAGAUGACCAUGCUUCAAAAUCAAUUAGUUGUUAUGGUGCCGGAAUCAACAAUACCCCGAAUCUCGAUCGCCUUGCGACGGAAGGAAUGCGGUUCGACCACUGUUAUGUCACCAACUCGAUUUGUACACCGUCGAGGGCCGCUAUAUUUACUGGCACGCACAAUCACGUCAACGGAGUUAUGACUCUCGACAGUAAACUGAACAAGCAUAUCCCUAACGUUGCUAAACACUUACGAACGGGGGGCUAUCAAACGGCGAUGGUGGGUAAAUGGCAUCUAGGCGAAGGAGGAGCCCACGAGCCGACCGGGUUUGAUUACUGGUCUGUCCUACCAGGGCAAGGCGAAUACUUCGAUCCGGAAUUCAUCGAGCCGAGUGGGACUAAGAUCGAACUAGGCUAUGCUACAGAUAUCAUUACGGAUAAGAGUAUCGACUGGAUGCGGAAUAGAGACCCUAGGCGGCCGUUUUUCUUAAUGUGCCACCAUAAAGCGCCGCAUCGAUCUUGGGAGUGCGACCACAAGCACAAGAAUCUCUAUGAAGACCCCAUCCGACUGCCUGAUACUUUCACUGACGACUAUAAGAACCGCGCACAGGCAGCGAAAGUUGCCAAGAUGCGCGUGGAGGACGACCUAACAUACCACGACCUCGGCCUUGUGCAGCCUGACGGGGGAAACAGUGUGGGCACGAAGUUGAUAUCUAAAUCGUGGUUCCGCGAGCGGAAAGUACCAGCGCCAGAGGAUGUAUCUCAACUUAAGUUAAUUGAUAAGGACGACGGCACCAUCUUCACGUUUAGCACGAAGAAUGAACUAACGGAAUUUAAGUUCCAGCGUUACAUGCAACGGUAUCUACGCACCAUUCAGAGUAUAGACGACAAUGUGGGCCGGACUCUGAACUGGCUCGAUGAGCAGGGGCUGGCCAAGGACACGAUCAUUAUUUACACUUCGGACCAGGGCUUCUUCUUAGGUGAGCAUGGGUGGUUCGACAAGCGCUUCAUGUACGAAGAGAGUUUCCAGAUGCCCUUUUUGAUCCGCUACCCGCGGGAAAUUAAGCCAGGGUCUCUCUGUUCCGACAUCAUUAGUAACGUCGACUUCGCCCCAACAUGGCUCGACUUCGCCGGACUCAGAAAGCCCUCGUACAUGCAGGGCAUCAGUAUUCGGCCGCUGUUGCAUGGGAAAACGCCGGAAAACUGGCAGCAAGUAGCAUAUCACCGCUAUUGGAUGCAUCGUGACAUCAUCCACGAGGCGUACGCACAUUAUGGUGUUCGUGACCAACGUUACAAGUUGAUCUACUGGUACAACGAGGAUUUCGGCCUCGAGGGCACUCGACCGGGAGGACAACCGAGGGAUUGGGAGUUGUUCGACUGUGAGGAAGACCCACUCGAACUAUUUAAUUGUUAUCAUGAAUCUAAAUACGCACAUGUCGUCAGGAGGAUGACCAAGUUACUGGAGGACAAGAUGGCUGAGAUCGGCGACGAACCCGUCCAUGUGCCUCUCGCUCUAAAGAACUGUGUUUCAGUAAAACUGGGCUGUUAG